CUAGUGAAAUAUGUCGAACUCAAACUCAAACCAGAGCAUACUAAGUCUGUCUGUCUGUUUAAUUCUGUCUCUAGUUUUUACCUCACACAUUCUGUACCGCUGCGCUCUUCGGGUUUUUGUCCUCACUCACUCUCCGUAUGGUGCACGCCUCUGAUUGGUCAAUUUGCGGUCCUUUGCCAAAAACAAUUGUUUUGAGGCGAGACGUUCAUCGAUCACAGCCAAGAUGAGUCUGAGAAAGCAGACCCCAAGUGACUUUCUGAAGCAGAUAAUUGGGAGACCUGUGGUGGUCAAACUGAACUCUGGUGUCGAUUACAGAGGUGUCCUGGCCUGCUUGGAUGGUUACAUGAACAUCGCCAUAGAGCAGACUGAGGAGUAUGUCAAUGGGCAGCUCAAGAACAAGUACGGAGAUGCUUUUCUAAGAGGAAACAAUGUCCUUUACAUCAGCACCCAGAAGAGGAAAGCGUAGUUGAGACCAUUCUGGGUUUUUUUCAGUUUUUUUCCAGCGUUUGAUUCGUCGGUGGACAACUGUCCCUGUUUUUGGUUCUGGAAAGCCCAAAGUCCUGAAGAAUGUUUGUUUUGUAAAAAUGGUAUAUGUUAAUAAAUCCUGAGUUUUGAUUUA